AUGGUCGUUGUUUUUGUCAUUUGUUUUUGUAUUUGUUUUGCUGGUUCCUCAGCCAGUUCAAUCGGAUCUCCGUUGGAAGAAUCACUGCAAUGUUCAAAAUAUCAUUUUGAAGAAAAAGUUUUGGAAAAACUUGUUCGUCUAGAACUUAAGAUGGAAAUGUAUGAAGCAAAAAUAAAAUCUUGGGAAGAUUCGAUUCCAACUUACCUUGAUAAAAUUGAUCAUGCCAAGAGACGGACUGAAACAUUUUUAGAAUCAAUGCAGAACAUACUAACCCAGGAGCAAACACGAUUAAAUGAGUCUUUCCAUGAAACUGUCGAAAAUAUAUAUCUCAAUUCGGAAGGUAAAAUAAACAGUGAUUUGGAAUCUAAAAUUGGUGAAUUCGAGAAUAAGAGUGAAAGUGCCCUUGAAUUUUGGCAAUCUUCCCUCGUGCAAGAUCAGACACGAUUUAACGAAACUGUUACAAAUAUGUAUACUCAGUCGGAAAGUAAAUUGAAAGGUGUAUUAGAUUCAGUAUCAUCUAAAAUGGACGAAUUCAGCAAAUCCCAUAAGAAUGGAGAAAACGCCCUUGAACUUAUGAAAUCUUCCGUCAUGCAAGAUCAGGCUCGAUUUAAUACGUCCUUCCACGACACUGUGAAAAAUGUCUAUAUUCAGUCGGAAAGUAAAGUAAAAGGUGUUUUAAAUUCAGUAUCAUCUAAAAUGGAGGAAUUCAGCAAAUCCCAUAAGAAUGGAGAACACGCCCUUGAACUUAUGAAAUCUUCCGUCAUGCAAGAUCAGGCUCGAUUUAAUACGUCCUUCCGCGACACUGUGAAAAAUGUCUAUAUUCAGUUGGAAAGUAAAUUGAAAGGUGUUUUAGAUUCAGUAUCAUCUAAAAUGGACGAAUUCAGCAAAUCCCAUAAGAAAGGAGAAAACGCUCUGAAAGUUUUGCAAUCUUCCCUCAUGCAAGAUCAGGCUCGAUUUAACAAGUCCUUCGACGGAACUGUGAAAAAUGUCUAUAUUCAGUUGGAAAGUAAAGUGAAAGGUGUUUUAGAUUCAGUAUCAUCUAAAAUGGACGAAUUCAGCAAAUCCCACAGAAAGGGGAAAGAUGAUCUUCAACUAUUAAAAUCUACUAUCCUUCAAAUGCAAGAAUUAUUCAACAAGUCAUUCGAUAUGUCGAUGAAUAAGAUUGAAACGGAAUCGAAAAAUUUGAUACAGAACUUUAGUUUGGAACACAAAAAUGGUAUGUAUUUAAUUGUAUCUUAA